AUGGUCCAAAUCCUUCGAUCUAUCGCCGUUUUCUGUUGGCUUGCUUUUGCCAGCGAGGCAAGCAGCUCUGCAACGACUUCGCUUCCUUCUUCCACUACAAGUUCCGCCGCGGUCCAAACCAUCGACGUGGGCGAAAGUGGACUCACCUUUGACCCUGAUACGCUUACCGUUUCUCCAGGAGGCAAAGUUGAGUUCCACUUCUAUCCAGGAAACCAUUCAGUAGUGCAGGCAUCUUUUGCGAAUCCGUGUCACCCUCUAAGUGAGACAAGCUUCUUCAGCGGAUUUGUACCUGAUCAGUCAACAAUUUUUACUUUGAUGAUUAACGAUACAAACCCCAUUUGGUAUUACUGCGGUCAAGUCGGACAUUGCCAGGCUGGUAUGGUUGGUGUAAUCAAUCCUCCGGCCAACAGUCCAGAUACGCUUGAGGUGUUCAAGACCUCAGCAGUGACUUCAAAUGGAAGCACCGUGCCAGCUUCUGUUGAAGGUGGUGUUCUUGGACCACCAAACAGUGGAACAUCAACCAGCAGUGCGGUUGCAAGCAGCACAUCUGCAAGCAGCACAUCUGCAAGCAGCACAUCUACAAGCAGCCCAAGUCAAACAGGUGAAGCCACAGUUUUAUUUCCCUGGACCGAUAUGGGUAUCAUUCUCCUUCUCUCUGUACUUGUAGCUCUAUGGAUGAUAUAA